AUGGUCGAGCUGGUCUUCAAGAUGGCUUCCUCCUUCUUCCUUUGCGCACAUCUUUACAGAAGUUGCAUAGCUGAAGAGGAUGUACAAGGAGUUCUAGAGCAUUGCCAUGGGUCAGCUUAUGGAGGUCACUUUGCUACAUUCAAAACAGCAACUAAGGUUUGCAAUCUGGUUUAUGGUGGCCUACUUUGUUUAAGGAUGCAGCAAGCUUCAUUGCCAAGUGUGAUCCGUGCCAAAGGAAAGGGAAGUAUCACCAAGAGAGAUGAAAUGCCACUAAACCCAAUUCUAGAAGUUGAGAUCUUUGAUGUAUGGGGAAUAGACUUCAUGGGACCUUUCAAACCUUCCUCAAACGGGCACAACUACAUUUUGGUUGCUGUGGACUAUGUGUCCAAAUGGAUUGAAGCCAUUCCCUGCCCAGCCUGUGAUGCUAAGGUGUUUGAGAAGUUGAUGAAGAGUUAUGGAGUCAAGCACAAGGUCGCUACACCCUUACCCCUCAAACCAGUGGGCAAGUUGAGAACAGCUUACAAAACCCCCAUUGGAAGGUCUCCUUUCAAUUUGUAUGGGAAGGAUUGCCACUUACCUGUGGAGGUCGAAUACAAGGCUUUAUGGGCAGUAAAGAUGCUGAACUUUGACAUAAAGGCAGCACAAGAAAGGAGGGUUGUUUCCCGGGAAGCUAAGGUCAAAGUGGGCGGGACCAUUCAAGAUUCACGAAGUUCUACCCUAUGGAUCCCUCACUCUACUCAAUCAAGAGGGGAAGAAUUCACAGUGAAUGGGCAUAGAUGCAAGCCAUAUCUAGGAAUGACCCCCACAGAGGAGAUCAUCACUCCUCUACAAGAUCCAACCCCGGCUAAAAGGGGUAAGGAACAGGUUUUAGGAAGGAAAGUCAACCAACUCGAGGCACAACUCGAUCGAGCCAAGAGCAAGCUCGAUCGAGUGAGUGAACCCGUCGAGUGGAGUGCUCCUGAUGGCCGUCUACCCUCUCCAGACCACGACCUUGCCUCCCAGUUCUUUGGGGGGCACUGA